AUAUAUUAAUACAAUAUGAUCAUUUUGAAUAUACUGUAUAAGAAAUGAAACGCGUAAUAUGAAAGUUUGAUUGUAUUGAAGUAUGGGUCCCUCUAGUGAUGAUAGUUGUGUAAGUGCGCAUAUCAGAGGUGUGGCUGCUCCAUUUGUGCCCAUUUAAAGUCAAUGCUUGUCAUGUGUAUCUGAAUGCGCUCUUCACACACUGCAGCUCUCAGAUCAGCCUGUUAUCUUCUCUCUUAACAUUCCUCCUCCUGACUGCCAGUAUAACCGAUUUAGCCGACAGCACUGCCUGAAGAGCUCAGAAUGUCUAAUUACUCAACAUCAACAACUCCACUGAACUUCAGUGUUACACCAGUCACUGCUUAUCCAGGGUCAGAGUCAAACACCACAACAUGUUUGGACUGGGAGCAAGCCCAUCAUCUGCUCUUUCACCUGGCCAACCUGAGCCUGGCUCUGGGAUUCAUUAUCCCCACCACCAUAGGUCUCCAUAUGAUCUCCCUCAGAGUGCUGUUAAUAACAGGGUGCUCUAUGUUCAUAGCAUGGGCCACAUUAUAUAGAUGCACACUUGAUGUGAUGGUGUGGAAUGUAGUUUUCCUUCUGGUGAACUUCAUGCAUUUCAUCUAUCUGCUUUAUAAACGCAGACCGAUUAAAAUAGACAGGGAGCUGAAAUCACUGUUCAAGCGUAUGUUCGAGCCCCUGCACGUACGCGAGGCUCUGUUUCAGAGAUUGACCGGUCAGUUCUGCACCAUCCAAACCUUAAAGAAGGGUCAAGUGUACGCGGCAGAAAAUAAGACGUCUGUUGAUGAACGUCUCAGCAUUCUUCUCAAAGGAAAGAUGAAGGUAUCAUACCGUGGACAUUUCUUGCAUAACAUUUACACCAAUUCCUUCAUCGACUCUCCAGAGUUCAGGUCAACUCAGAUGAACAGGGGAGAAAAGUUUCAGGUAACAAUCACUGCUGAGGAAAAUUGCAAGCUACUGUGUUGGUCCAGAGAGCGUCUGACUUACUUCUUAGAGUCUGAGUCUUUUCUGAAUGAGGUAUUCAGGUACCUCAUUGGCAAAGACAUUACCAACAAGCUUUACUCCCUCAAUGAUCCCACACUGAGUGACAAGGCCGUGAAGAAGAUGGACCGUCAGCCGAGCCUGUGCUCUCAGCUGUCUAUGAUGCAGAUGAGAAACAGUAUGGCCAGCACCAGCGACACAGAGGAUGUGCUCAAUCAGAUCCUGAGAGGUGGCUCAGCCGGGUCAUCAGUCCAGAAAACUCUGACAAAAGGAUCCGCAGCUAUGAAGCCAAUCGAAGAAGGAUUGGAAGACGAUGUGUUUGAAUCUGAAUCUCCCACCACCUCCAAAAAAGUUUUGAAGAAUUCUAGGGAAGACAUUUAAAACCAUAUUUUAAUACAACACUACUGAAAAAGAGGGGUUAGAAUCUUCCUCUUCUGAAACAUAAUCCACGUCUAACAAGAUUUUGGAAAACAAAAGCAUCUCUUGACUGGAAAUGAGUUUAUUUUGAUUAAUUUCACUUUUGCUGAAACACAGAACACACAGAAAGUCAAUUGCUGAAACUGAUUGUAAAGAACCAGAUAUGACCUGAUCAAAAUAAACAUAGAAAUACAUUUGAAGUUUAGCCAGAAUGAUUAGUGCAACUAGUUUUAAUAUGGCAUGGGGAACAUUUUUGAAAAAAAAAAUAUUUGUUUGAAAUAAGCACGUGUAUCAAUUCAAGGAACCAGCAGAUGGCAUAGUUGUGUUAAUCUGAAUUAAAACAGUUAACUUAACCCUUCAUACCAUCUGUCUGAUCUAUAGUUUAUUCCAUGUAUGCCAGUCUUCAUCUAUGUUUCUUAUUUCCAAAGUCAGUUUUCUGUGACAUGUUAACAAUCAAUCCUGUAUUACGGUGAAAUUACACUUCAGCACUUCUGAUUAUUUGUUCACAGAUAAGAGUUGGGGGAGUUAGUUUGUAGCUCUUCUCCUGCUCUUGUGUUUAAGUUAGUUAACAGAUAGUUAAAGGCUCCUCAACACUGCACGAUAGCUUUUAUAAAUGAUUGAGUGUGAAUAUUAAAUUGAAGUGUGAUUUAGGAAUAACAAUUUGUAUGCACUGAUGAAUUGUUACAUUCAAUGUAUUUAUGUUUGUUUGAAGCAUUUCUAUUUUUAAAACUUUUUUUAAAAUUA